AUGCACGAGCAGUCGCUUUUCGCCUCGGUCCCGGUUCAUCAACAUCAUGAACUUCUUCAGCAGCUCGCUGGAUUGACGGCCAUGCAGCCCCGCCACUGCUUAGAGCGGCGGUUGAUCUUCAAAGCCUUCCGCAAACCUGGCCUGGCGGGGCGCACUGGAGCCAGUCAGGACCUCCAGCAGGGGGACCUGCAGCGGUUGAAUAAGAUGCUCAAUGGAAACUUGUACUACACUCAAGUGAUUGGUUCGGUCUCCGAACAAGAUUUCGGGUCCACUGCCCAAAUCGAUCAGGAUACUCAGAUGGCCGGCACGGACAACGCAGAGCGGGAUGGUUCUCCAUCUUCAUCUUAUGACUAUGAACGUCAAUCUUGGAGGCUGGAGUUCCGGGAUAUCCCUGAAGCCGGGACACGGUCAGCGGUCACGUCACGUUUCAUGUCGAGCGCGGCCCUGCCGCGGGGGGAUGUCGUGCAAGCUAUGAAUGCGUGGGGCUACAACUUCGUCACUGAGUAUGUCGUCGAGGGUGAUAUGUUUGUCCACAAUGGCAUUGCUAUUUUCUUGCAUCGCGUACUGCACUACCCUGAUGGCGGUGACUCGAACUUGCCUCGACAGCAGCUGCCUGCUCUGAAGGAUAUGACUCUGCUAGAGAAGAGCGGAAGCUAUGUUCUUCAGGCCUUCAUCAUUGUCCAGGACGGUAGCAACCAGGAGACCAUGAAGACUGCCUCGCAGCAUCUCUUCGGGCUACGGGAGCAAUUGAAGCCCGCGGUUCUCUUGGAACAGGCAGACCGCUUGUCACUUGAUACGCGGGCGAAGUAG